AUGGCAUUUGGGACCCCCGAGGAAGGUUUGCGUGCCAGUGCCGACUGCCCCGUGUACGCCCAUCCAGCAUUCUGGGAGGGCUUGCCAGACUCCAAGUUUCCGACAUUUGGAACCCCCGCCUCCGUGGCCGCAGAUUUGAUCAAGGACGAGUUGUCCCUGGACUGCAAUCCCAAAAUGAACCUGGCGUCUUUUGUGACGACGUUUAUGGAAGCGGAAGCAGAGGCGAUCCUGUUUGAAGGUAUGCGGAAGAACUACAUCGAUUUGGACCAGUACCCUCAAUCAGCAGACAUCCACAAGCGAUGUGUGGCCAUGCUCGCAGAUCUAUUCCAUGCCCCCAGUGACCCCGUGGGAACCAGUUGCGUGGGGUCGUCGGAAGCCAUCAUGCUGGCUGGCUUGGCCAUGAAACGCAAGUGGAAGCAUCGCCGCGAUGCGCAGGGGCUCCCCACCGACAAGCCCAACAUGGUCAUGGGGGCCAACGUGCAAGUGUGCUGGCACAAGAUGUGCCGUUACUUUGACGUGGAAUGUCGCGAAGCCAAUGUCACCCCCGAAGUUCUUGUGUUGACCCCCCAGCGUGCGGAGCCGUUGAUUGACGAGAACACGAUUGGCGUGUGUGUUGUACUGGGCAGCACAUUCAACGGCGAGUUUGAAGACGUCCAAGGCAUCCACGACAUGGUCGAAGCAAUGAAUGACGAACACGGCUGGGAGGUCGGCAUCCACGUGGACGCGGCCAGCGGUGGGUUCAUCGCGCCGUUUUUGAACCCCGAGUUGGUGUGGGACUUUCGACUGCCGCUGGUCAAGUCGAUCAACGUCAGUGGCCACAAGUUUGGGCUGGUGUACGCCGGGAUUGGGUGGGCGCUGUGGCGAGAACCUGCCGAUUUGCCUGAAGACUUGGUCUUUCACGUGAAUUAUCUGGGGGGCGACCAAGCAGCGUUCACGCUGAACUUUUCCAAAGGCGCCGGCACGAUUCUUGCGCAGUACUACAACUUUAUUCGCAUGGGGCGAGAAGGGUACCGCCUUAUUAUGGACGCCGGCAUGAACACUGCAGAGUAUUUGCGGUGUCGAUUGAGUGACACCGGUGAGUGGCUCUUUGACAUUGUGGACAAGGCACAUAUGCCUCUGGUUGCGUUUGCAUUGAAGAAUUCAGACAAGUACACGUGUUUUGACAUUCAAGACAAGGUGCGGUCUCGAGGGUGGAUACUGCCGGCGUAUACGUGCCCCCGAGGGGCUGAGUCGCUCGUGAUCAUGCGGGUAGUCGUCAAGCAAAACUUUACCCGCCCCAUGGCCGACAUGCUUGUGGAGGACAUUGCUCGCACGAUUGAGUUCCUGGAAUCUCCGCGUGUGCAAAAAUCCCGCCUCGUUCCCACGACGACGGACAAUUCGAAGCUGGCCCUUGCGAUUGGACACAGUACCAAGCACCGAAAGUCUGGCCUCCGCACGCAUGGCGUAUGCUGA